AUGAACUUUCGGCCGACCGCAUAUGGUAUCUCCCGCACUUCGGAAUUCAGAACCCCAACAAACCUGGAUGUUCACCGUAGUGGCGUGGAGUGGAACGACCACAUCCGACCAGAGGAGCACGCGCGCUGGGUAAGGUGGCUCGACGAGCUUAAACUACUAGCGUCGCUGCGCAUCCCUCGACACUACGCGGCCGCGGGGCCAUGGACGCCGUGCUACGAUGAUUCGGCGGAUGGGGUAAGUGACCCCACCAUCAUACAUACCGAAUUACAUGCAUUUUGCGAUGCCAGUAGUAAGGCAUAUGCCGCUGUUGUUUAUUGGCGCUUUGUUCGCUCAGAUGGAACUAUAAAUGUAUGUUUUGUGGCGAGUAAAAGCAGAGUGACCCAACUACGUCCGGUCUCUAUACCGAGGCUAGAGCUUCAAGGUUGCUUGCUCUCUGCUCGUCUGGCCGCCACAAUACAGAACGAGCACAAAGACAUUAAGCCAAACAAGCGAUAUUUCUGGACGGAUUCAAAUACCGCCCUCCAGUGGAUUCGCAGUGACCCUAGAGACUUUAAAACAUACGUCGCUCACCGCCUCGGUGAGAUUGACGAGUUGACCAGUGCGUCAGAGUGGCGUUACGUCCCCACGUCCUUGAACGUAGCCGACGUAGCCACUCGUGAGGACGCGCCACCACUGCAGUACGAUGACGUAUGGUUCCAGGGGCCAAACUUCUUGCGUGAACGCGAAGGUGAGUGGCCCAAGGAUCUCAAGAGCUCCAAGCAGCUUGAAGAAGCUAUUUGCGAACGUAAGGUCAUUAAUGUUGUAUCCUCAGCCGACUGUACUAGUACGUUGCCGGUACCUAACGAAAAUUACUUUUCGUCGUGGAUUCGAUUACUUAUGACUACUGCACGGGUAUUGUUGUUUAUUAAAAAAUGUCAGCAUAAAUGCGAUCGAAUCGACACCGAACUGUUACAAUCGGCAGAGGACUUGUUGAUUAAAAAAUGUCAACAUGAUUCGUUUCUUACAGAAAUUGCCUGUUUAAGGAACAAUAAGCCGUUAUCGAAAGAUAGCCGACUGCUACAGUUAACGCCCUAUCUCGACGAUGCGGGCCUACUACGUGUAGAGGGCCGUAUCGACAAGACUGUUGGAGUCAAUGAGUCUACGAAGAGACCAGUGAUUCUUGAUGGCAAGCAUCGAAUCACCAGACUGCUCGUAGAACACUACCACAGGCGAGCACUGCACAGAGCUCAAGAACUGGUAGUUAAUGAGCUAAGGCAGCGCUAUUGGAUUCUGCAACUGCGACCAACUGUACGCGCAGUCGCAGCCCAUUGUCUGCUGUGCAGAUAUCGUCGCGCCACGCCGCAGCCGCAGCGUAUGGGUGACCUGCCCGCUGCACGGCUGCAGCACAACCGUCGUCCGUUCUCGUUCACCGGGGUCGACUUUUUCGGCCCCAUGGAGGUAACCGUAGGUCGUGGUAGGCAGAAACGGUAUGGAAUGUUAUUCACAUGUCUGACCAUUCGAGCCGUACAUGUCGAAAUAACGGAAAACCUUACAACUGACUCUACCAUAAUGGGUUUGAGACGGAUGAUAGCACGCAGAGGUACCCCUACCAUGAUAUACUGCGAUAAUGGGACCAAUCUUAGAGGUGCCCACAUGGAAUUGAAACGCAGUAUUGCUGAACUAGACAGCGAUGCCCUGCGCAAUGAUGGACUCGUGAGAGGAAUUGAGUGGAAAUUUAUUCCCCCGGGCGCCCCAGAAAUGGCUGGCGCGUGGGAACGAAUGGUGCGUACUUUUAAAUCAUCCCUGCGAGCUGUUCUCAAGGAGCGCGCCCCACGGCCAGAGACCCUUUCAACAUUGAUGGCUGAAGUUGAAGCCCUCGUCAACAGCCGUCCUAUCACGUACGUAUCGGUUGAUCCUAACUAUCCUGAGGCUCUGACCCCCAAUCACUUCUUGAUUGGUACGUCCUCAAAUGGACCAGCUUUUGGGUUGUAA